AUUAACACCAGGAUGUACCUUCAAUUGCUGGUUAUCAUGGCAUUUUUCGGCAUCAGUUCUGCUUGUGUGUGCCCUAACAUCACCGAGGAUGAGAAGUUCUGUACAGGAAACUUCGCCGCAAGCAUCUACGUCAAGGGAGGAUGUCAGGAUUUGUUCAAACCUGAAAGAAUUUACGACAUUGAAAUAAUCAAGAAAUUGAGAGGACCCUCAAACAUCCGAAGAGCUCACCAUCUGAAAACUGCCACACACAGUUGUGGGGCUACCUUGCAACCAAACAAGUACUACGUUAUUUCGGGUCACUUAGCGGGCGGCCGACUGUUGGAGUCAGACUUCUGUAAAUUAAAGAUAGAGUAUGACAACAAGAUGGAAGCCGAUAAGUAUGAAGUGCCUACCUGCCGUUGAAGACUGGAUGAUUUCGACAAAAAAAUCUAACUGUAUUGCAUAACUUAAUAUCUU